UGUUUGGUUGGUUUGUUUCUUAAUCUUUGUUACUUAUUGUAUAUAGGUCCAUGUUGAGCCCUGAAAUAAUUUGAAUGUGUGUGAUCUUUAGGGUUCAUUUAUUUGAUUCCAGUCUUUUGUUACCAUAAUUUGAGAUGAUUUUGAGUCUAAAUAUAUUUAGACUCAAUAUUUAGUUCCCAUCCAUGUUAAAUUUUAUAAGAUUUAGCUUGUCACAGCUGUGGAAAUAAAGUUCAAUUUCAAAUCUAUAUGUUCUUUACUGAUUGCUUUUGAAUAUUAUAAAUUUAGUAGUUAACUUACAUGAUUUUUUUUUGUUUUGUACUAGAGAUAUUUAAUAUUUUCAAUAUGUUUUACCCUAAGCAGACAACAGUGCUAUUCAUAUAGCUUAUGGUAUAUUACAGCCAUGUUCAUUGUGUACUGUUAAAUCACCAGUGCAUGUUCAUCCAAAUGUUGUUUGUGUUACUUUGCAUAGGCGAGUGGUACCAAGAUUAAUUUCUUACAUGACUCUUUCAGGAACUGGGAAUUUGCAAGACAAAUUUUUUUUUGCAGCGGGCAGCCAUGCAAAGUUAGUCUGGUAACAUGACGAUCUGGACAACAUGUUCAGUUGCUUUGGUUUAGUGUAGCUGUCCAGUGCUUUGACGUCAGGCUUCUUCAUCCAGAGAAAGAACAUGUCACAAAAGAGCUGGAUGAAGUGGGUUUUGUUGGUGGGCCUUCUGUGGAUUUUUCCUGCUUGUGUUAGCUGUGAGAAAUGCCAGAAAAAAGAAAAAAUCCAAAAGCGUGAAGAAAGACAGUGUUUGGUCAAAAAUGCUGACAGAUGUUUUCUUGUUGCUGAUAACUUCAAUGGCUUCAUCACAACAGAAACAUAUAUACAGACUAAAGCUUGCAUCAUGUUUCUGCAGAAAAAUGGAAACCAAAAGUUUCGGAAAUACGAGCCUGUAAUGGAUACAAAGGAUGGCUCUUAUCUUCUGUACAUUUCCAAAUGGCAUAUCGUCAAAAAACUUCAGAUGUAUUUCCUGAAUGGGACGCAGUGCAACAACACAGUAGCUAACCUCACAGGUUCAGAGUGUGUCUUCAAUCAGACUAGUGCAGACUCAGAUUUGUGCCAGGUUAGAUGUUUGCAUACAGAGACCAUAUGUAAGGACUCUGUCUAUGAUGAAAGCUUCUGCAGUAACGACAAUUCACAGGUUGAGGACAGGUACAUCAUCAAUAUGACAGCAACAAACAAACUCUGUAAAAACUGUAACAAUCCAGUGAAAAUUCCCAAGGUGGAAAUUCAACUGAAUACAACAGUUCCAAAUAAUGGGAAACCAAUCGACGCAGAUGAAGCUUCUAAAGUAAUGAGUUCAAUGGCUGAACUUGCCGCCUCCAUCAAUGAGUCUUCGGUUGCUUUGUCUGCGGGAGAAGGAGUGACUGGUAUCUUAGUGAAAGAAACACAGCCUGAGGAUGUACAAGAAGUCUCCUUUGCUUAUAUAUCUCCAAAUGACAGUAUAAGUAUUAUAGAGGACAGAGAUUCUCUGUCUCAGUUUUCCAGAUCUGUUACCGUGACUAAAGAAGCUUUUGAAAAAGCUGUCCAGUCGAACAUCAGCGUACCAUUUGCAGCCGUUUUCCGAUUCAUAAACAUGGCUCCGGAUGAGUUUAACAGCACUGUUUUAGGUAAUGAGGUUUUAGCAGUUGAAAUGGGAACCUCUAUCAGCAAUCUCACAGACACGAUAAACGUCAAUUUUUGGAACACAGAAUAUAAAGGAAUUCCAAGUUGUCAUUCAUGGAACGGUGAAGGUAGUCGACCAAACUGGACUGAGGAGGGAUGUUUGACAGUGAAAAAUGGAAGCAACAUUACGUGCCAGUGUUCACAUUUGACAUUCUUCGCUAUCUUAUUGACGCCCCUAAAUGAAACCAUUUCGAGUUCUGAUCUGAGCAAUCUCACCAUCAUCACCCAAGUUGGCUGUGGCUUGUCCAUCUUUUUCCUCAGCAUAGUCCUCUUCAUGCACUUCCUCAUAAGGAAGACCAAGGCCACUAAAUCCACGAGGAUCCUGAUCCACCUGGUGUCGGCCAUGUUGCUGCUUAACUUCACUUUCCUGAUCAACAACUUUGUGGCGAAACUGAAGAGCUCUGUGGGCUGUAAGAUCAUGGCGGCUCUCAUGCAUUACUUCAUGCUGGCCACUUUCACGUGGUUUGCCGCUCAGGCCUUCCACAUCUGCCUCCAGCUGUACACGGGCGGCCAAAUUGCAAUCCAUCGUUACAUACUCAAAGUCUCCAUCGUCAGCUGGUGUGAGUUCAUGUCAAUAUGUCAUUUUCUGAGAAGAGAAACACUCUCUGGCCUUGAUAAAUGCAAACGUUUCUCCUUGCUGUUUGGUCCAACCGUGAACAAGACACUUGCACUUAACUGGUUAUUGUUUCCCCCAUUUCCAGUAACACCCAGUCUAGUUGGGAUUGUCCUGCUCAUCAUAGGAAAAUAUGGUGAACAAAUCAUCUACACUGAUGACCCUGCAGACAACGUGGCCAUGUGCUGGAUAACAGACAAUGACGUCCACUAUAUCGUCAACAUCGGCUACUAUUCGUUGGUCUUCCUCUUCACCUUCACUAGCUUCAUCAUCACACUGUCCUGGCUCUUUUGCCUCAGGAAGGCCAAAGCUGCCACCCAACAAGUUAACAGAAAUGGCAAAAGUAUUGUAACUAUAAUGGGGCUGUGUUGCAUGCUGGGUAUCACGUGGGGCUUUGCCUUCUUCGCCUACGGUAUCUUCCUGAUCCCAUCCUACUACAUUUUCACAGUCCUCAAUUCAUUUCAAGGUUUCUUCCUGUUCAUCUACUACUACAAAAGCAGCCACUCGGGGGAGACAAACAGUGGCAAGGGUGGUGAUAGAAACUUGGCCAGCACCAGUAGUGUCAGCACCCUCAAAACUGGUCUAGAUCUCUUCGAGAACCCUUACUGUGAUCCACCAAACAAAAAAUAAAGCCCUGGAAAAUGAAUGAGGACUGAGGAGUGAUGAAGAACACACGGUUGACUUGAGGUGCAGACUAUAAGCAAGUACAAAGCAUAAACUGGAGAGUGUGAUGACGUAAAAAAUUGUAAUAUACUGCUGCAAUAACAGGCUUCUUACCUGACAUAUUUAUAGCUAAUUAUUACUAUAGGGAAAUUGCUUUAAUAUUACCUUAUUUAUCUUGGUACCAGAAUUUGAUUUAGAAUUUAUACAGUAAGUAUCAGAGAAGGCUGUAUGUUUCAUAUGCAGUUAAAUUUAUGACUUUCUUACCAUUCUUCCGAUGCAAGAAUCAAACAGAUCAAGGCAGAUUUUUCAAUGAUGAAACUGAUGAG